AUGGUACAACAACAACAACAACAACAGCAGCAGCAGACAUACUACGAAAUACUAAACAUCCCAUCAACAGCCACCCAAGACCAAAUCAAAACCGCCUACAAAUCAAAACUACUAUCAACUCAUCCCGAUAAAUCAUCAUCAUCAGUAGUCACAAAACCCAUCACUACCAACGUCAACACCACCUCUCUGCUGCUACCCCUGCCCGAUAUAAAUCAGAUACUAGCAGCAUACACAACCCUCUCCUCACCCCAACUACGAUCGGAAUACGAUACAUCCUUACAAACGCAAUCCAAAAUAAAUGGAUUCAACUUGACGGGUGAUGGGUUGGAUUCAUUCACCUUGGAUGAUUUCGAGUGCAUAGAACUAGAUAGUAAUGACAAAAACAAUACCGGUGCUAUCAAUGAGAGCUUAUCUGAUUCCAAUGCCGAUUCUCAGACAAUGCAAUUUGUCAAGCUGUGUCCUCGAUGUCAAUGCGAACGAGGAAUGAUCUUAACUGAAGAUGAUUUGAUUAACAAGGGAACAAGAGCAAGUGAUAAUGGAGGAAAUGAAGAAGAAGACGAUGGUAGGUUUGAUAUUAUUGUUCAAUGCAAUAGUUGUAGUUUAUGGAUUCAUGUUAAGUAUUAUGAAGAAAUUGAGUAA